AAGUUCAGAAUUUUGAAAAAAAGCUUUUUUUGGAUAUCAAAAAGUGAAAAUGUAACUUGAAUAUAAUAUGAUAUCUCUAAUCUGGAUUAAGAUUUACUUUCCUAUUUCUAUAUUUAGUUCAAAGUGAUAAAGGUAAAUAGAUUGGUGAUGUUCAUUUAAUGCUGAUUUCCUGGUACCAAAUUUAAAACACUAAAGAUGCUUAUUGGAGGACUUUUUUAGAUUCAAUGAAGAUUCAACUCAAUAGCAACCGAUCAACCUUAGAUGAAUGUUUGCUAAUUGUAGUGAAAUUUUGAUUAUUUUAAUCAAGGCUUUGAGUUAAAUUAAGUUUGUGUUUCUGAUAAAUAAUGUGUGCUGAGCACAAACUAAAGAUACGAACUGAUAAUAUGUUAAAAUGAUUGGAUUCAAUUGGAAAAUCGAUCGAUAAUCACAAGUUCCUGUCAGGAUAUGCGAAUCAGUCAAGUUUUGUUAUUUUUUGAAUUUUUGGUGAUUUAUAUCUAAACUGAGUGUCACCUACCAAUUGAUUCAAGCAAUUUACGAGAAAAUUCUACAUCUUUCUGGCUAAAAUGCUUAUGGAUCAACAUUUCAGUUGAUAAUUUGUUUUUUUAGCAUGAUAAUUAUGAUAACAAGUCAACCUAGCAAACAGACGGAUGGUUGCACUGUUGCUGUUUAAAAGCCUGCUAAAGAUGAUGAACCUAUCAAUUUGUUUGUUUGUAUUUCAAACAUUACCGUUUUGGUUCGGUUUUUUUCCUAUUCUGGCCUUUUAUAAAGCCAUCGGAUGUUAGAUCGAAGGAGCUAGAAAGCUCUAAAAUUAUCCAGAUCACUGAUGAUAUAAAUUGGUUAUAUAUUAUUCUGAUUGACUUAUCCAAUGUUUUUCAAUGUUGUGCUGUUUGCCUGGUUAACUUGAGACUCAAGUCACAAACAGUAUCCGUAGAUGUUCAAUUUGGUGUUAAUUAAAAUAAUCUAAUGAAUUACCCUGAGCCUGUGAAGCCUUUUACCCUGCAGCUCUUAUGAAGAAAAAAAGGUUUCAUCGAAAACUCUAAUAACUCUUGUCAAAUGAACAGCCAAUCAAAUGGCAAUCUGAUGAAGAUUGAAAAUGUAAUCGACUUUCAGUUUGAAAAGUCUCAGGAAUUUCAAGUAACAAGAAGAUGGUUAUCAUGAAGAUGAUGAUGGCAGUGGUGAAAAAGAUAGAGAGAAAAGAAGAGAGAGAUAAAAGGGAGAAAGAGAUGAGAGAGCCUGAUUAUGUUUACUAUAAAAUCAAGUUAGCCUUUGGAGUUUCUUGUUUUACCCCUCAAACUUUAACUAUUAGACAUUACAAGCUUAUAUCUAGUGCUUCCAAAGUGUGAAAUUAAUUUAAUUAAAUACUCAUUCUAUAUUGUUAAAUUAACUUUGUUGUGUUAAAAUGAAAUUACAAUUAGUUUUAUUGUUACCAUUGGUUUUUGCCUUUGCAGAUGCUCAAGAUCAAUGCAAAGCUAUUGCCAGGAGAUUCGAUCGAAGUUUCCGUUCAUUUUUCUUCAUCGGUGAAACAAUCAAAAUUCCAGUAAACAAACCUGAACUCGCUGAACAUUGCAAGUUACCACAAAGAGCAGUUAAAUCACUGAAGAAGUACAAGGAAUUAUGUACUCGAGGGUUGUCCAAUCAGAUCUUGCAACUUGCAGUUACUGGAAUAACGAAUGCGAUUCAGUCAAUGUGUUCAUCUGAAAGUCAAGAGCGCACAUUAGAAGUUAAUCGUUGUCUUUCCAAUGAUUCGAUUAAAUCUUUCCAUGAUUGCUUCUAUCGUGGUGAACGAAUGUUGGAUACAGUAUCGAAAUGGGCCAAUAAUACUAACAUACUUCCACUGACAUGUUGCGCUUUCAAUUUCUUUGAUGAAUGUGUUUUCACAUCAAUCGAUAAAAUUUGUCCAUCCAGUAAUAUCAAGAUUAACGAUUAUUUCCAGAAAUUUUUUGAUCUCGCAUUAGAUGAUGUCCGUGAUUUAGCUUGUGGUCGAUUGAAAACUAUUACCAAAUGCGAGGAAAGUCAUCCAAGACAAACUCGACGACUUCGUAGAAUUUAUCAAUCAAAAGAUACUGAUGAAAAUAAAAGAGGAAGCUUCAUCUUCUCUUUGGUUGAAAUCUCAUCAAAACUCAGUGAAUAGAUAUUAGUAAAUAUCAACACUUUUUGUUCAAUACUCAUUUCAAAUGUUGAGUGAAUUCAACUCCAAUCCACCUCACAUUAUUUAUCGCCAUUUUUGAUACAAUGAGACAUAAUUUAAACUCCAACUUCUGGUUUUUGAUAUGUUAUUUGUUAUUCCUUCUGGAGUAAUAGCUAUUAUUUUGGCAUUAUUUUCCAGCAUAUUGAUACGCUUGGAAUCUUUUCUGUUCACGGUUUUAUUUCAUUUCCCAUGUCAUUGUAAAUGAAUAAAUGAAAUUACUUGAAAUUUGUAAAGGAAUCAAACCAAGUUCUGCUCAGCUUUGGUUUAAUAUUAUUUUAUGUAUUAAAUUUAGUUCUACAUUUUAAUCAGUAUUAAUAAAUGAAUUAAUUGAUUUU